AUGGAGUACAGAAAUGGCGUGAUCAUUCUUCUACUAGUGUUUCUCUGGAGCACUAGUACUACUACUUCAUGUUCCAUCGCCAAGACUCUACCAGGUUUCGACGGCAAUCUCCCUUUCAAGCUCGAAACAGGGUACGUAGGUGUAGGCGAAACGGAGGAUGUGGAGCUGUUUUAUUAUUUUGUCGAGUCUCAAAGUGAUCCAUCCAAUGAUCCCCUCCUGCUUUGGCUCAAUGGAGGUCCUGGUUGUUCUACCUUCGUUGCUUUUUUCUACGCAAAUGGACCAUUAUCUUUUGAUUCUAAUUACGUUGGGAAAUUACCAACACUCAAGUUGAACCCAUACACGUGGACAAAGUUCCUCAACGUACUAUAUAUAGAUUCACCAGUUGGUACUGGAUUUUCUUACUCAAAAAGCCCCCAAGGAUACUAUUCCGACGACCAAAAAGCAGCCGCGGAUAUCUACGAAUUCCUACAAAAGUGGUUGAUCAAUCACCCCAAGUUCGCAAAAAAUCGACUUUACGUCGGUGGUGCUUCAUAUUCGGGCAUUCCUACUCCAGUUAUUGUUCAAAAAAUAUAUGACGGCAAUGAAGUCGGACGCAAGCCAUUCAUGAAUAUCAAAGGGUAUGUACUUGGGAGCCCAAAGACGGAUUCUUAUCUUGAUGCUAAUUCAAGAGUUCCAUUUGCACACCGUUUGACGCUUAUCUCAGAUGAACUCUAUGAGUCAGCCAAAACAAGUUGUAAUAGCGAUUACGUCAACAUUGAUCCAAGAAACGAACAAUGCCUAACAGAUGUUGCAGCUAUCAAUGAAUUACUCAGUGGAAUCUAUUAUUCUCAAGUUUUGCUCCCUGCCUGCACCAGUGGCUCUAACUCUAAGAAACCAAAUACUAAUUAUUACACAGACGACGGGGACCAAAGAAUUUUCAUGAAAACUUCCAAGAAUUUUCUCCAAGAGCUCUGGUGUCGAGAUCACAAAUUUUCGAUCGUUGGACUCUGGGCAAAUGAUCCGACCGUUCAAGAAGCUCUUCACAUUAGAGAGGGAAGCAAAAGGCACUGGGAACUAUGCAACUCAAGCUUAGCAUACACGAUGAAUAUCCCAAGUACUAUCGACUAUCAUCAGAAUCUCACUAACACAAACCUUCGAGCUCUCAUAUACACGUCUGAUCAUGAUUUGGAAAUACCACACAUAGGUACCCAAGAGUGGAUAAGGUCUUUGAAUUUGACUUUGGACUACCCUUGGCGUCCAUGGUUUAUUGAUGCUCAAGUUGUAGGAUACACAGUGAGGUAUAUAAACAAUGAUUUCUACAUGACAUAUUCAAGUGUUAAGGGAGCUGGUCACGUAGCUGACGAGUACAAGCCGAAGGAGGCCUAUGCAAUGAUUGAAAGAUGGUUCUCGUAUUACCCUCUCUAA